AUGGAAGAGUCAUUCGAUCAGGCAGCCCCGGAGGUUGGCGAGGAGGAAGCGCGCAAGGUGAAGGCGCUCAUUCGAUGGAUUUUGCAAUAUGCUCCCGCGAAGAGACCUUCGGCUAGGGAAAUCUUAGCUGAUCCAUGGUUUUGCGAGAUUGACGUUGAGAGUGGCUCGCCCAAUGCCAUCAUCAUGUCGCAAAUCAACGUCGGAAUAGUUGGAUACGGGAAUUCUGCCAAAGUCUACAACCUUCCAUACUUGCUACCUCACCCUGAGUUUCAAGUCUACGCUUUUCUUCAACGUUCAGCAGCUCCCUCAGAUCUAGCGAGCGCUAAGCCAGGAUCUCACUGCACUGUCGACUUCCCACAAGCAAAGCAUUAUCGAACAUCAGACGAGUUUUUUGCCGAUGAGGAGAUUGAGUUAGUCAUUGUUUGCACCCAGUUCGACACACAUGCCGAGUUUGCGGGAAAGGCUUUGAAUGCAAAUAAGCAUGUUGUCGUUGAAAAGCCUUUUACAACAUCGAGCGAAGAAGCCGACAGGCUUAUUGCACUUGCCAAGACAAAGAAUAAAGUCUUAACCGUGUAUCAGAAUCGGCGUUGGGAUGGCGACUUUCUGACGCUGCAACACAUCCUCGACAAAGGCGUAUUGGGAACAGUUACAGAAGCCGAAAUCCACUAUGACUUCGAAAAUCCGCCCUGGCUAAGCUAUAUGACCGCCAAAGGCUAUACUCCCGGUGAUGGAAAUAUGUUUGGCCUUGGCUCGCAUACGAUUGACCAAGCCUUGGUACUCUUUGGCAGACCUAAAUCUGUUAUUGGAAUCAUGACCGUUCUACGGGGCAUUGAAAGUGAGACUGAAGAUAGCUUCACUUUGAUCCUGCAGUAUGAUGGCCAGUUGCUGGUUACUGUGAAAACGACAAUCGUUACGCCCAUGGUGAGCCAGCCAAAGUACCUUAUUCGAGGGACUAAGGGGUCAUACAUGAAGUUUGGAACGGAUGUACAAGAAGAACAAAUCCUGUCGGGGAUUCAAUCUACAAGCGCAGAAUUUGGCAUAGGAGACCCGAAUGAUGACGGUAUAUUGACUACGUACGAUGAAUUUGACGGCAGAUACCAAACCUACAACUCAAAGGCAAAGAAAUAUUCCGGAAAAUAUCCAACUCUGCCUGGAAGGAAUCGAGGUUAUUAUGAAAGCGUAGCCGACGUACUCAGGGGAAGAGCGGAGCUAAAUGUUCAACCCGAGCAGUCACGCGAUGGCGUCCGUCUAAUGGAAUUGGCACGGGAAUCCUAUCUUACAGGCAGGACGGUUCUUUGGUCGUGA